UAACCAAAGAUUCAGAAGAGCAAUUAAACAGGUAGCUAGUAGCUAGACAGACAGAGAGAAGAAGCCAUGGGUGUGCGUUUGAGUUUGACAAUUAGUACUCUCAUCUACCUCAUCUCUACAACAUUUGUACUACUCUGUGUUUCUGCCCAUUACAACAAGGCUUCAGCUUAUGAAGCUCUGGAGCAGUACAACUUCCCGGUGGGCCUUCUUCCCAGAGGCGCCACCGGCUAUAGGCUGAACCCGGAAACGGGCGAGUUCUCGGCGUAUCUCAACGGUUCCUGCAGCUUCACAUUAGAGAACUCGUACGAACUGAGGUACAAGCCGGUGAUCAAAGGGGUGAUCUCGGAAGGCAGGCUGCAGAAGUUGAGCGGGGUGAGCGUCAAAGUGGUGCUGCUGUGGCUCAACAUCGUGGAAGUUAAGCGGAACAAUGAGAAUCUUGAGUUCUCGGUGGGGUUUACGUCUGCCAAUUUCCCUGUUCGUAACUUCAAAGAGUGCCCGCAGUGUGGGUGUGGUUUGGACUGUCAGAAAACUUGGUCUUCUUCUUGAUGUCACCAUUAAUUUAUUUUGACUCAGUUUUGUUGUGUGUUUCUUCUCCAUUUUUACUCGUUAAUAAGAAAUGCAAUUGCGUCGUGUCUUCUUGUACAUUUCUUCAGUAUUUACUGAUAAAUGCAGCUGCCAAUUCGUUGAAUUUC